CUUUUAUCUUUUCCAGAGGCCUGGGAUUAAGCUGGAGUGGUGAAACAGUGCAAUGUCUGUCUGUCCAUCCUUGUGGUCUGUCUGGCCUUGUGCUGCACCUAUGUGGGUGCUGAAGAGGCUUUUGGAGAGAGUGGGGAGGGGACAUGUAGGGGGGCUGAUGCAUUAGAGGAGAGGCUAGGCAGCGCCCAAAGCAUUGGCAUCAAUAUUGGCAUUGAUAUCGGUAUUGUCACAGCCUGGCCAGCAGGUACAGCUGGUUGUGCCAAAAUGCUGCCAGCACGAGGUGGCCCUGCCUGCUUCUGGCACCCUGGUCCCCACCAGAGCAGUGGUGGCAACUGGGGUACCUCGAGGUCACCUCUGCCCCCUGCAGCUCUGACCCACCAAACCUGGCUGGCAGCGCAGGCAGCGGGAUGCUGGCAGGCCUGGGACUGAGGGCUGCCAUGUGAACACCGACUCGGCAGUGCAGUGCAAGGGCAGGUGGGUUUGGGGGUCUACCCCCGCCUCUCCCCGGGCAGCACCGUCUCUCCUCCGGAGGGAGCCAGCAGCCACUCCAACCGGUUUGUGGGUCUGGGUGGUGACACCUCCUGCCCGAGGCCUGAUGAAGGGUUGGGAAGCACUGGCACAGACGCCAAGGAACAAACAAGAGCUGCUUGUGUCCCGCCGGGCAUGGAGCCCAGCAGUGGGGCAGGGAUGGCAUGCUGCUCCCUGGGCACAGGGCCAUGUGGGACCAGAGGCUGGACCGCUGCUGGAGCAGCCACCUCAUGAGCUGGGGGCAAACCGAGGCACAAAAGUGUGGAGGGACCCCAUCCAGGUGCUGGAGCAGGAGGUGCCAGCAGUGAUGGCAGAGACAUCCCAGUGCCUGGACACCAGCUCUUCCCCUUCAGCAUCCCAGGCUGAGCCCCAGCAGCUGCCCUUGGCAUGUCCUGCCUGCCCAGUGGGACACACUGCUGCACCUGGGUGGCCUGAUCCCAGUUCCCUGCGUCCUUCUCCGUGGGAGCAGCCAGGAUAUUAAGUGUCAUUGCUGCAGGGAGAAAUACAAGCGGAGGAAUCCUGGGAAACUGGUUUUACCCCUCUGUCUGGUGCUGGCGGCAGUACGGCGGCUGCAGCAGUGCUCCUCCCUCGGCAAAGGCAUAUAAUGCCUGCCAUGGUCCCAGCAGCCGGCACUGUGCUGCGGGAGGCGGCCAGGGGUGCAGGCAGCGAGCAAUGGCCUCCAUGGGACUGCAGGUGCUGGGCAUUGCCCUCUCCGUCAUCGGCUGGUUGGCCUCCAUCCUCUGCUGCGCGCUGCCCAUGUGGCGGGAGACGGCCUUUGUUGGCAACAACAUCGUGGUGGCCCAGAUCAUCUGGGAAGGGCUGUGGAUGAGCUGCGUGGUGCAGAGCACGGGGCAGAUGCAGUGCAAGGUCUAUGACUCCCUGCUGGCCCUGCCGCAGGACCUGCAAGCCGCCCGCGCCAUGGUGGUGGUGGCCAUCAUCGUGGCCAUCCUGGGCACCCUGCUCGCUGUCACUGGUGGCAAGUGCACCAACUGCGUGGAGGAUGACACCGCCAAAGCCAAGGUCAUGAUCCUCUCUGGCAUCAUCUUCAUCGUCGCCGGCAUCCUCAUCCUCAUCCCCGUCUCUUGGUCGGCCAACACCAUCAUCCAGGACUUCUACAACCCGCUGGUCACUGAUUCCCAGAAGCGGGACCUGGGGUCAUCUCUCUAUGUGGGCUGGGCAGCCUCUGCGCUCCUGCUGCUGGGGGGGGGGAUCCUCUUCUGCACCUGCCCCCCUCGGGGCGAGAAGCCCUACUCUGCCAAGUUCACGGCUGCUCGCUCGCUGCCAGCCAGCAACUACGUCUAGGAGCCACUGCGCCUGC